AUGUCGCUAAAGAGAGCCACCGCGUUUGCCGCAAGAGCGGCCAUUGCCUCAUCACAACCGGCCAGAUUCCAAGCCUCAAGCUUGCUACAAUCCACAACACCCAAGCUCCAAUCUAGUGCCAUCCAACGACCAGCAACAUGUCUCGUACACCAACGCUUCCACUCCACUCAGGGCAAACCCGACAACAAAGUCUGGGACUUUGAGUCUGUACAGCAACUCACCGAGUCCCCCGAUGCAUCUCUUGUCCUCAUUGGUGUGUUUCCCUUCACCUCUGCCACUGCACCUCUUGACCACGUGCUAAUCUACCUUCUUCCUCACCACANNGACGUCCGCGAACCCGCCGAGUACGAAGCAGGCUACAUCCCCGGCGCCAUCAAUAUCCCCGUGGGCUCAGCACCAGACGCGCUAUUCAUGCCCGCACACGAAUUCGAGGACAAGUUUGGGUUCGAGAAGCCCACGGCAGAUCAAGAGUUGGUGUUUUAUUGUAAAGCUGGAGUGAGGAGUUCUGCGGCUGCCGGGUUGGCUAGGCAGGUGGGCUACCAGAAGGUUGGAGAGUAUAGGNGGAGUAUGCUUGAGUGGAAGGGUAAGGGUGGUAAGGUGGAACAGUUUUGA